GGUGAACAGCAAGAACAGCUUCAACUCAUCGGCUUGUCUUUGGGGAAAAAAAAUGUAUCUCGAAAUAUGAAGGAAACUAUUCUCACUUCCUCAAUUUGCAAACAGCAUGUGGUUGAAAGGCUCCUCGACCGAUUUCUCCACGGUCUGCCCCUCAUGUCCCUGAACUUCUUUUAAGUCUUCCGUUGCAGGAGGCGCCUCUGAUGCUGUGGGUAUAAAUCUGUGAUCGUGCAGGUUCCUGUCGACAGUUUCCUCCCGACAGACAGACGCACACUAUCUAGCUGAAUAAUCGAAGGGAUCCGACCAACAUUAAAAAAAGAAAUCUGUAAGACCAAAGACUCGAGGGCCACCUCAGCGGGCCAGUCAGCGAAGCAUUUCUUCCACCAUGGUCGACAACAUCGUCAGGAAGCCAAUCGGGUUAGUUCUGCUCGCCACGGCUCACAUGGUGUUCAGCGGCCCAUGUCAAGGAAGGUUCAACGGGACCCUGGGCAGCAGCUUCACCUUCCGUUUUAGAUUUAAUGACGCUGUCAUUAAUGAGAGCAGUCAUUUUGCAGUUUACAUAAAAGACAUUAAAAAGAUUGCAGAGCACCUAGGGCACAAAGGCAACUUAGGAGGAGGGGGGUUUAACUUUGACCAAAACCAUUCUGUUCUGUACCACAUAGAAAAACUUAAACAGAAUGACAGUGGAAUUUAUUUGGCUACGCUGUUCGCUCGGGACUCGAUACCCAAAGAAAGUAACAAGGUGCAUCUGUGCGUCCAAGAUGGGAACAGAAGCGUCGAAGUUUCUCCUCAGCUGAUUAACACAACAAACUCAGGACGUCCCGGUCCCUUGUCCCUUCACCUCGUCCCCGUCCUUCUGGCUCCUGUCGUGCUGCUGGCUGCAGCACUUCCUCUGCUGAUCUGGUGUCUGGUGAGAACCAAAGAAAAACAACAACAACAACAACAAAACUCUAAUUCCACAGUGCAGGAAACAGUUGCCGGGUCCAGCACCGGGCCUCCACCCUCACUAAUCUACAGCGUCCUGGACUUUGCCAAAAGACCUCCUGCAGCUUUGGACACGCAGCCCAAUGAUACAGAGUACGCCGCUGUCAGCUAUCUCACCGAGAAGAGACGAAUGUGACGCACAGAUGAAUGUAAACCUGCUGGUGUCUCUAAGUCUGAGUAUCAGGCUCGUCUGAUGACCCUUUGUAAGCCAAAAGCUGUUAUUGCAAUAAAUUACAAACAAUGGCGUUUUGUCGGGGAAGGUGGGAAGAUUUUUGUUUUGUUUCAUUUUAUUUACGCCAAAUUCCAUUUUUAUUUGAAUCAAGUUGAGCUUUUGAACUUCUCCAAAUUAUGUCAUUUGCCUAAUUCUCCACAAUCCUCCUUCCUGGUUUGGCGGCCUGUUAAAGCUGCAAAGUGAUUUCCCAUCACUCCCUUCGCUUGCCCACCCCCCGCUGCAGCUGUGUCUCCUAUUGCUGACGGUUGAUUCAGCCCCCCCCCCCCCCCCCACCAUAGCAGCACAACAAGGGGGGUUAUAAAUAUUUGCUCAUCAGUACCAUUAUGUCUGUGUAAUCAUAUCUGGGGGAGUGAUGAAGUCGGAGCCGGGACGCUAAACACUAACUAUGUUCUACUGCAAUAAACAUUUCAAGCGUGA